GGUUUCUGUUUUGUCCCCUUUGCAUAGCUGGAGAGACGAGUAGGACGCAGGAUGGAUGAUUAAAGAGCAAAGUAUAAAUAUUACAACUUAGGUCACCAAGCGAGCUUACGCUCCAGUAGGAAAACUCGCGCAUCUCUAGGGCGACGAAGCCUCACUGGUUGCUGCCUCUCCUGUUGUGUUAUACUGUCGAUUGCUUAGUCUGAGAGAAAUAUUGCUGGUGCCAUGGGUGACAGAGACUACUUCAUGAUGCAGCUAAGAAAACACACCAAGUGGCGGAAGUAUGUGUUGUAAACAGCAAGUACGUGCUUUGAAAAAAGAAGAGCCCUCGAUGGAACACUCUGUUGCUGCUGACUCACCAAGUGCCAAGUAGAGACCGAAAUGCCGUCGGAUUAUGCAGCCGACGAUGACCAUGAGGCUCUGCUGGAGACGUGCUCAGACUCAACGCGCCCACACCUUGCGUCAGGGUGGGUGGGCGCCAAAAACAGGUGGAGGAAGCGUCAGGAUGGGCAACGCUGGCUCUCAGUUUGCUGGCACAGACUGGUGCAGAGCUGCCGCUUCCUCACCGCGCGCCGCUUCCUUACUGUCCUGCUGGUGCUGAUCACAAUGUCCAUCACCUACAAUAUUGUCAUCUUCUACUUUGAAAACCCUGUCUUCCCCAUCAGCAGUGCGUGGAAAGAGCCGAGACUUCUACCUUUGCAGAUCACUUGCUCAGCAUUGACUGAGACCAGGCGCAACCUGAGCAAGCAGCCUGAACACCGAUCCAUGACCAAGCUGAGGAUCGAUGCAAAGGUUCUGCUCUUUGUCGAAACAAUAUACUCCCGCCUCGGCCGAGACAUCGCGGAACUGCUGGUGCACAACAGGAUCAAGUAUAAGGUGGAUGUGGUGGGCAAGUCUCUGCCGGUGCUGACCAAUCUGGACAAAGGCAAGUUCGCGGUGAUCGUUUUCGAGAACCUUACCAAGUACCUCACUAUGGAUAACUGGAAUCGCGAGUUGCUGGACAAAUAUUGCCGAGAGUAUGGUGUUGGUGUGGUAGGAUUCCACCCAGCCAGUGAGGAAGUGCUGAUAGGUUCCCAGCUCAAAGGAUUCCCAAUCUUUGUGCACACCAAGAUGAACUUGAAGAACGCAGCCCUGAACCCAGCUUCAAACGUGCUGCGCUUAACGCGUGCUGGUGAGACAGCGUGGGGCAACCUGCCGGGCAAUGACUGGACUGUGUUCGCGCCGAACCACUCUACCUAUGAGCCGCUGGAGUGGGCUUCGCCGAAUUCAGAGCUUCCGUCUCCGUUUGUCAGUGAUCACGGCGCUGCGCGGCUACUGUACACGGUGGUGCAGGACCACGGCACCUACGACGGCAUCCAGCGCGUGCUCUUUGGCUCUGGGCUUGGCUUCUGGCUGCACCGGCUGCUCUUACUCGAUGCCCUGACCCACCUGAGCCAGGGCCAGAUCAGUCUCGGCCUCAACCGAUACGUACUUAUUGACAUUGAUGACAUUUUUGUUGGUGAAAAGGGCACCAGACUCAAACCACCUGACGUGGAGGCGUUGUUGUCAUCCCAAAAGAGAUUGCAAGCCAUGGUUUCUGGUUUCAAAUUCAAUUUGGGAUUCUCGGGAAUGUAUUUCCACCAUGGAACUGACGAAGAAAAUGCUGGAGAAGACUUAUUAAUGGAGCACAUUGACGACUUUUCGUGGUUUAGCCACAUGUGGAAUCACAAGCAACCGCACUUGUAUGACAACUAUACUCAUUUGGAGAUGGACAUGAAGCUGAACAAAAACUUUGCAACAGAGAAAAAUAUACCCACAGACUCAGGGUACUCUGUAGCGCCUCACCAUGCAGGCGUUUACCCUGUUCACGAAUAUCUGUACGAGGCGUGGAAAAAGGUGUGGAACGUUAAAGUUACCUCCACUGAAGAGUACCCGCACCUUCGACCGGCUCGCUUGAGGCGUGGAUUCAUCCACCGGAAUAUUAUGGUCCUGCCUAGACAAACUUGUGGCCUGUUUACACACACGUAUCUAAUAGAAAAGUACCCUGGGGGCCGUGAGAAGCUGGAUGAAAACAUUCAAGGCGGCGAACUCUUCCAGUCUAUCGUAUUUAAUCCAAUCAAUAUAUUCAUGACGCACAUGUCUAAUUAUGGGAAUGACCGGCUCGCCUUGUACACUUUUGAAUCUGUCCUCAAGUUUACACAAUGUUGGACCAAUCUGCGUCUACUCAGCACUUUGCCUGUUGAGCUGGGCGAAAAGUACUUUCAGAUGUUCCCAGAGGAGGAGGAUCCAAUUUGGGGGAACCCUUGUGAUGACUCGCGGCACAUAAAGACUUGGUCUCACAACAAAACGUGCCAGCAGCUACCCAACUUCCUGGUGAUUGGGCCGCAGAAAACGGGCACCACUGCCUUGUACUCAUUCCUUUCUAUGCACCCGAAUAUAAACAGCAAUUUGAACAGCAUAGAUACGUUUGAAGAGAUUCAGUUCUUCAAUGGGAAAAACUACUACCGGGGCCUUGAUUGGUACAUGGGCUUCUUUCCUGUUCCCAUCAACUCGAGUUCGCAGUACCUGUUUGAGAAGAGCGCCACUUACUUUGACGGCGAGCAGGUGCCAAAGCGGGCGCACGCUCUGCUACCGCAGGCGAAGCUGGUCACUAUCCUGAUUUCGCCUGCCAAACGGGCCUACAGCUGGUACCAGCACAUGCGCGCGCACGGAGACCAAGUGGCUCUCAACUACUCUUUCUAUGAGGUCAUCACUGCGUCUGAGUCCUCCAACAGACCACUGAGAGACCUCAGAAAUCGAUGCUUGCUGCCGGGAAAAUAUUCUCAGCACCUGGAGCGGUGGCUGACCUAUUAUAGUUCGUCGCAGUUGUUCAUCAUUGACGGGGAAGAACUGCGAACUGCGCCUGUAGAUGUUAUGAACAGUGUGCAGAAAUUCCUCAAGAUUACGCCUCCUUUUGAUUAUGCAACGCAUCUACGAUUUGAUAAAAAGAAGGGAUUCUACUGUCAAAUUAUCAAUGAAGAUAAAACCAAGUGCCUGGGGCGGAGCAAAGGUCGGAAAUAUCCUCAGAUGGAUGAGCGGUCUUUGAAGCUCCUUCAGAGAUAUUAUUUGUCACACAACACGGCUCUGGUGAAACUGUUGAAGAGACUGGGCCAUCAAAAUAUUCCUGGGUGGUUGAAAAUGGAUCUUAGCGACACUAUGGUGACCUGACAGCACGCCCGCGGCGCCAAGCGCGCGAAUAUGCCGUUCAAGCACCACAGACGACGGAAGGCCAGACUCCCUGUUUAGGACGCCCAGCCAGGAACUUCCUCAUAUUCAGCUAGUCAAAUUAUCACACUUGAUUUGCAAUUUAUUUAACAGCUCUUCGUUUUACCUAUUUUUACCGUGUAAAGCCUCUUAGCUCUGAGCAAUUGUGCCAUAUAUUUUUUUGGCCUAGCUUUCAUGAUGCCAGGUAAGAAAUUUUUUAAGCGAAUUGGUCAAUUACAAUAAUGAUUAGCGCCUUUAUGGAGCAAUUGUGCAUCAUCACGCCAUGAUAGUAGUAGAGUUUGUUUUAGGAAAAUUGAAUUUGCCGAUGAAAUCUUUAGAGCUUAUUGAUGUGAAUAUAUUCUAGCACGCAUAAUCAAAACGUCAAGUUAGUUGGCAUCACGGCGAAUUUGAUUCUAUUUUCUUACAAGUUAAUCCAUUUUAGAUUAUUUUGUUUCAGCGUCUUUAAGGUCUGGAAUAUUUGAGACUGGUUUAUUAAGUUAAAGAUUUUCACUGGAGUGGUUUUUUCUAAAUUCAGCAUUAUUUGUUGUUAUAUUCUCUUUAGAGACUUAUCUAAUUUCGCCAGCACUUUACUGCUGAACAAAUAUUUUAUAAAAUCGGUUUUCUGCCAUUGUACUGUGGCCUAAUUCGGAAGCAAUUCUGUUGUGAGCAGACCAAACAUAUCAAAAAUUUCUCCCGUCUUCGAUUGACAAACAGAAACCUUAACCUUAGCAAUUAUCCUUGCUACAUUAAUUUCUACUUUGAACACGGCAUUUAAGAAAUGAGUGUUUUUUCUUUAAGUCUUGUGAACGGGCGCAACACGUUUUGUUAAAAAAUCUCAAGAUUUCAAUUAAAUCUUCAUUUCACGGUUGAAAGAGAUAUAUGCUGUGCACGGUGCACAAGACCUGGCGCAACAGUCAGUUCACCACAAAAAUAUGCAAAUAAUGAUGUUUUUCCUGGGUUCUGCAUUUUAUGCGGUCAUGAAUCGUGUCUAUUGAAAGAGUGAAUGUUCAAACCUAACUGCCAGACUAAAUUUCUCUUCUUUAUCCUGGUAUUUAUUGUAUUUAAUUUUCAUUGUAACACGGCGCUGACCAAGUUGCUCUACUUAAUCUUCAUACUUCAUAUUUCCUUUGUCUUCUUUUCUGAGGGAAAACGUAACGGCAGCUAAUACUUAAUUCUGGAUGUUUGUUUCCACUGAAAUUGAAAGUUUAUUGGCAACAUUGAUGUCUCGCAGAUUGAAGCCAUCAAGGCUCAUCUUUGCAAACGCAAAAGAAGCACUCAAUACACUUGGACCGAAUUGUGUUGGCAAAAUAAGUAGUUACGCAAAUAAUCACGGCACCAACAUGCAUUUAAGUUAACACAAGACCGCGUGAGUUUAGGUAAAACACCGCAAAAAAAUUGUUUAUGAUCAACUUCAAGGAGAUUUGUUUUUAUAUUCAGAGAUGAAAUAAGAUAUUGAAACUUUCCUGUACAUGCCAUAUAUCAUCAAUGUUUAGUAUAUUAACUGACAGGAGCGGUUUUUCCGUAGAAGAAAAAAUAAUGUUUUGUAACCAAUGCAGCAGUAAUCAAUUUUGUGUGCAAUUACUUUUUUGACGGAAGUAUGUUAUACACUCUCACACGCAUUAUUCGUCAGCUCUCACUGUUGUUGCUUCGGGACAUUGUCAAUAUACAUAAUAUUAUAUACAUGAAUGACACACUCGGAUUAUAAAAAAGUACUAACGCUGCUGAGAGUAAGAUGUGAUUAAUAUGCGAAAUCCAUUAUUAAAAAUAAGGAAGCAGUAAUAAUUGAUGAAUAAUAGAGGAAUGUAUUUAAUGAAUGUUGUGUACAAAUGACAAUAAAACACAUUUUGAUGUAA